AAAAAAAAUAACACCACUUUUCGUGAGGUGAAGGAAAUCGAAUUUUCUGUAUUUCUUGAUAUUUGUCAAAGGAAUCUUCUAACAGCAAAAUGUUUGCUCCCAUUGCUCGUAUUUCAAACAAACUGGGCAGGAAUGUGAUCACCACAAUGGUGAGGAACCACUCAAACGGUGGCAUCCCUGGAGAGAACCUGCCCUUCGACAUUUCCAACCGCUACAAGCUGACAGUCUACUUCAUCGCAUUCUUUGGCUCCGGCUUGGCUGCCCCCUACCUGAUCUGCCGCCACCAACUCCUUAAGAAGUAAAGCUUCAAUCGUCUGUGUUAACGCAUCAAAAUGUUUUAGGUUUAAGCUAGCAAAGUGUAAAAUAAUCAUAUUUAUGAUUUAAUAAAUUCCGUUCUAG